CGCUUGCUCUGCGGGCGGGAGACGGUGGCUGGGAUUCGGGCGCUAGAGGCCGUGGGCAGGUUUUGCUGGACAGGACAGGGCGAGAGAGGGAAGGGGGCCGAGCUGGAGAGAAGGGGGCGCGCAGGCCAAGAUGAAGGCGCUGAUCCUGGUGGGGGGCUACGGCACGCGACUGCGGCCCCUGACCCUCAGCAUCCCUAAGCCGCUGGUCGAAUUCUGUAACAAGCCCAUCCUGUUGCACCAGGUGGAGGCCUUAGUAAAGGCUGGUGUAAAUCAUGUGAUCCUUGCUGUAAGCUAUAUGUCAGAGCUACUGGAGAAGGAGAUGAAAGAACAAGAGCAAAGGUUGGGCAUUCAGAUUUCUCUGUCGCAUGAAAAGGAACCACUGGGCACAGCUGGCCCACUGGCACUAGCACAGGAACUUUUGGCUGAAAAUUCAGAGCCUUUUUUUGUACUCAAUAGCGAUGUGAUCUGUGAUUUUCCCUUCACAGACAUGGUACACUUUCACAGGCAUCAUGGAAAAGAAGGCACCAUUGUGGUGACAAAAGUGGAAGAACCCUCCAAAUAUGGUGUAGUGGUAUGUGAGGCAGAUACUGGGCUCAUACAUCGUUUUGUGGAGAAACCCCAAGUUUUUGUUUCCAAUAAAAUCAACGCUGGCAUGUACAUCUUAAAUCCAAGUGUAUUAAAGCGCAUUCAGCUGCGGCCUACCUCAAUCGAGAAAGAAAUAUUUCCCGUAAUGGCAGAGGAAGGACAACUCUAUGCCAUGGAACUACAUGGGUUCUGGAUGGACAUUGGGCAGCCGAAAGAUUUCCUGACUGGCAUGUGCCUGUAUCUACAAUAUUUGCGGCUGAAGCAGCCUGAGCGGUUACAUUCUGGAUUGGGCUGUAUGGGAAAUGUACUAGUGGAUCCAAGUGCCAAGAUUGGAUCUAACUGCAGUAUUGGUCCCAAUGUCACUAUUGGGGCAGGAGUUGUGGUAGAGGACGGCGUUCGGAUCAAGCGCUGCACUGUUCUAAAGGGGUCACGCAUCCGUUCCCACUCUUGGCUCGAGUCCUGUAUUGUUGGGUGGAGCUCCUCUGUAGGUCAAUGGGUGAGGAUGGAGAACGUAACUGUGUUGGGGGAGGAUGUCAUUGUGAAUGAUGAACUCUACCUCAAUGGGGCCAAUGUGCUGCCUCACAAAUCUAUUGCUGAAUCAGUCCCAGAGCCACGCAUCAUCAUGUAGCAAGCUUGGAUUGAGUGCUGGACUAGCUGGCAGAAUAUUUUACAACCACACUCUGUGCCUUGAUGGCAAGGGACUCUCUAUUGAGUUCAACCUUUUUUCUUCCGAAAUAUAUAUUGCCCUUGCUGCUGACUUCUUAACCUUUACAUGGGGUCCUAGGAGUGGACAAGAAUAUGGUUGCAGCAUUCAGAAUUGGGAAUGGGAUGAGGUACCUGGGCCAGAUCCACCACUGUUCUACAGCAGAGUCCAGCACCCUAUUUUGAAUAGGGACAAUCCAUCUUUGCUCCAACAUCUGGGACAGUACAGCAGCUCACCUGUUUGAAGAUGAAAGCCCCCAGUAGUCCUGGAAAGGGGAAUGAGCAGCAUGUUGUAUGCUAAUAUGGUAGGGUGGUAUGUGCUGUUUAUGAAGCACACAGGCAAACAAAAUGCAGAACUCUUCUGUGGAACUUAGUUGCCUUAUAAAACUGCAUUGCUUCCUUCCCUAUGGUGAAUAACUGUCAACUAUUAUUCAGAACUUUGGACAAGGUUCUCUAAUGAAGAUGAAUGAAAUUAUAUUGUAAUGAAAACAAAUGAAAUUAUUAUUGUAAUUAACAAUAGAUGCUUGGUAUGUCA